UUUCCGUUUCCAGCAAAUUCUACAGCACAUCCGCAGCUAAACGAGAGUAGGAAACGGGCCUGUCAGUCAGUCGUUAACGGUUACCGGUGGCGCGGUCUGCUCUCUCUUCCAACGAUACUACAAGUGUGAGGCUACAGUUAUCUAACUAUGGCAAAGUGGGGAGAAGGGGACCCUCGUUGGAUUGUGGAGGAGAGAGCAGACGCGACUAAUGUCAACAAUUGGCACUGGACUGAACGUGAUGCUACUAACUGGUCUUCAGAUAAACUCAAAUCCCUUCUGAUGGGCGUGAGAGUGGAGAAUGAGGAGGGUAGUGGUGAAGUGACUGAGGUCAGCAAGGUUGAAGGGGAGGCCUCUAUCAACAAUCGCAAAGGGAAGCUUAUCUUCUUCUAUGAGUGGAACCUGCAGGCUACGUGGACAGGAGAGUCAAAAACGGGAGUCAAGUACAAAGGCAGCAUUGAUGUACCAAACCUGUCUGACGAGAAUGACAUGGAAGACCUUGACAUAAGUGUGUCGCUGAGCAAAGAUGAGCCGGACACUCCUCUGCUGGCUCUGAUGAGAAGCACAGGAACAGAGAAGAUCCGCACAGUGCUUGGGAGCUACGUCGGCUAUCUAAAAACAGAGUUCACUCAGGGCAUGAUCCUGCCCACGGCCAAUGGCAUGUUCCAGCAUACCUCACAGCCCAGAGCCAGCGUGAACAAAACUCAGAUUGGCACCAGCAGCUCCACCCCCUCUGCCCACGCCGGGGUGAAGAUCCCCACCUGUAAAUUCAGCCUGAAAGAGACAUUCCUUACUUCUCCACAGGAGCUGUACAGAGUAUUCCUCAACCAGGAGAUGGUUCAGGCAUUCACCCACGCUUCUGCGAUUGUGGAGGCAGAGAAGGGUGGAAGAUUCCGUAUUCUGGAUGGGAACGUGAUUGGUGAAUUCCAGGAUCUGGUGCCUGAGGAGAGGAUAGUUAUGAAGUGGAGAUACAACACCUGGCCAAGUGAGCAUUAUGCGACGGUGACCCUGAGCUUGUCGGACCGCGGCAGUGAGACGGAGCUGGCCCUGUGCUGCCGGGGUGUCCCCGAGAGCGAGGAGGAGAGGACCAGGGAGGGGUGGCAGAGACACUACUUUGACUCCAUCAAACAGACUUUUGGAUACGGUGCACGGCUCUACUGAAGACCAUUAUUGUAUUAUGUGUUUUGGGGGGGACGGGGGGACGGGGGGUAGGGUUAAUGCGCAACAUUUCUAACUGAAAGGUUAUGGUAUUGAUUAAAGCGCAAAAAGACAGUAGCUGUAUAUAAAUAAAGUAUUUGAAUUUUAGAGGUAAUUUCCCACUGCUGUAAGGAACAUAAGGAGCUUUGUCUCAAAAGCAGCAGAGGGAAGACUGACAUGAUUCAAACCACUAAAUGAAUUGGUAUCAAGAUUUAGAUAUUUAGUUAUUACAGGGAACAAUAGUUUGGUUGUUGGUUUUUGUUUGAUCAAAAUGUCAUGCUUGUUAUUUUGAAAAUAAAUGUUAUUUUUACUCAUCUUU